AUGCAGCAGCGGUCGAAGUGGGUCGAAUUUUACCGGGAUGUGGCAUUCUGUGCCUCCAUGAGGUCAAAAGACCCGAUCCUGCAAGUGGGAUGCGUAAUUGUACACCCAAAAUCACUGAGGAUCUUGAGCGUCGGCUACAAUGGAUUUCCUCCCGGAACCCCAAACGAGGACAAAUACUGGAAUAAAGAAGCAAAACAUGAUUUUGUCGUCCACGCAGAGGCCAACGCUGUGCUCCUGGCAGGCCAAGCUGAUCUUGAAGGUUCAAUUGCCUUCGUUACGAUGUUUCCCUGUCUGGAGUGUGCGAAAAUGUUAAUAGCGAAGGGUGUCCGUAAGGUAUAUUAUCUGUCAUCAAAAGAUAAAUACCAAAAGGAGUCAACUCCCAUCCUUGAGGCAGCCAAAGUCGAGGUCGUGCCUAUAAAGCGAGGUGAGGAUUCAACGCUGAAAGACUUCGAGGAAGACCUGAUCCACAAGGUUAGAUUCGUACUGGGACAAAACACGACACCGGGUGAACCAAAUGGUACUUAUAAAGCCUUGUGGGACAGCACGGAAGAACUAAGAGGGAAAGAUCUAGAAAGUCCAUGGCAGACAGAGUUAAGGAACCAGAUCUUACUGGACAAAUGGAUAGACUAUUUCCUGUUCUUAGCCCUCAUUGCCAGCACAAGAGCCUUGAAAAACCAUCAAGGAGCAAUCUUGAUAGAUUCUGAAACCUUAAAGACAUUGGCGUUAUCGUACAACGGAUAUCCGAGAGGUGUCAGCAACGAUGAAGCUGAUGACUCGAUGCAAGUGUCUGCGUUAACAAACGCAGUUUGUCUUCGAUUCAGCGAAGGACGCGAUUUUAUCGCAUUUUCAACUCACUUCCCAAAGCUUCAUGAAGUGAAAAAUCUUGCACAGGCCAAAAUAAAGAGGUUGUACUUUAUAUGGCCCAUGGCUCUUGAAGGAGACGACGAAAAGGCACUGAAAAUUAUGAAAGACGCUGAAAUGGAAGUUGUGCCAAUGAAUGUUCCUGAUUUGACCAAACUAGAAAAGGCCAUAAAAGAAACCAUUGGAGGCCUAAAGGAGGCAGAGGGAAGGAACAAGCUUCCCUUCAGUGAUUGGCUAAAAAGCACUUGGACCGAGUACGACUUACAACCAGAACGUGUCGGACAAGUUGAGCAAGUUGGGCAACUUUGA